CUCUCAACUUCAGCGGCUGAAAGAAGUUGCUGACCAAGCGGUGUUGAAUCAAAUAAUUUUUUUAUACAUUGCCUCCCCAUAAACACCACAAGACGGCGUCUAUUGAUUCCCGUCCUCUUCACAGAGGCUCCCCAAUGGCUUCACCCCACAGAAACUCUCCUGUAUCCUUUGCACAUAGCCCUUACCAAAGUGAAAGUGACAGCAGCAUUGCUAGACGACAGUAUCUUUUUGCUGAUGUUGCGCACAGCAAGGAUCUGGUCACUGCCCUGAAGUCAUUGCGUGGAGACGAGGACUUGUGUGAUGUAGUACUGAAGGUGGGCAGUACCAGUAUAUCAGCUCACAGAGUUAUCCUGGCUGCAAGUAGUCCAUAUUUCAAAGCUAUGUUUACUGGAGACCUUUCAGAGAGUCGACAAAGCACAGUCACUUUACAAGAACUUGAUGAAGGUGCCAUGGAGGCCAUAGUGGACUUCUUCUAUAGUGGCGAAAUCGAUAUCUCAGAGAACAAUGUCCAGGAGCUUUUACCAGUGGCUUGUCUUCUACAAGUGCAGUCCGUACAAAAAGCUUGUUGUGAUUUCCUGGAAAGACAGCUGAGCACAGAGAAUUGCCUUGGGAUCAGCGCCUUUGCGGAUCGUCAUAAUUGUACAGAUUUGAUGACGUCCUCCGAAUCGUUUGCCCGAUAUUACUUCCUUGAUGUUGUUCAGAGUGAAGAGUUCAUGGAAAUAUCCUCCAAGCAGCUUACACGACUUUUGCGUGAUGAUACGUUGAACACUCAGUCUGAAGAGAGAGUCUUUGAGGCUGUUUUAGCUUGGAUCAAAUUUGAUUUGGAUGGGAGACAGAAAUUUGCCGCUGAAAUCCUGAGCAAUGUGCGGUUUCCUACGCUGUCACCGGAAUUCUUAAUGGAUAGAGUUGCAACAGAGGAAAUUGUUAGAAACAAUAGGGCUUGCAGUGAUCUCCUGCUGGAAGCUGCCGAAUGCCUUCUCCUCCCGAAAAGGAAAUCACAGAUACAUAGUCAUAGAGUUGUGCCCAGGCGACCCACCACAGUAAACCACGUACUGUAUGCUAUUGGUGGAAUGAGCCGCAGAGAGGCCAGUAAAAGUGGGGAAAAGUAUGACCCACGAGAGAGAAAAUGGAAAACUAUCGGUGACAUGAACAUUUGCCGCUGGGGUGCUGCGGUAGGUGCUUUAGGUCCAUUUCUUUACAUCUGUGGUGGCAGCGAUGAUGCAUCGCGACUGGAGACAGUGGAAAGGUUCGAUCCAUUUUCUAAUGUCUGGGUACCGUCUGUCCCAAUGUCGUCCAGUCGUAAUGGUGUUGGUGUAACGGCAGGAAAUGGGAGAAUUUACGCUAUAGGUGGUUUUGAUGGCUCGAUGCCGCUGAACACAGCCGAGUAUUAUGACCCCAAGAAUGGAAAGUGGAUGGAGAUUGCUCGUAUGAACCAGUGUCGGUUUGGUGUGGGGUGUGCUGUAAUGAAUGAUGUGGUGUAUGCUGUUGGAGGCUCCGAUGGAACAAAUCUUAGAACUGUGGAAAGAUAUGAACCCGUCACAAACACAUGGAUGAUGGUCGCAUCCAUGAGUACAGCAAGAAAACAAGUGGGCGUGGCUACUUUAGGAGGAUACCUUUACGCCAUCGGAGGUUGUGAUCACGGUCACAGGUAUGACACAGUGGAGAGAUACGAUCCUGGCAAAGAUGAGUGGGUGCCUGUGGCAUCGAUGAGUACUCCUCGCAGUGGAUGUGGAGUAGGAGUCCUGGACGGCUUUAUUUAUGUGGUUGGAGGAUACGAUGGGACUUCGUAUCUUAGUUCAGUUGAAAGAUACGACCCUUUAUCAAAUGAAUGGCACCAAGCACCACCUUUGAGUCAGCCAAGGGACUGUGUGGCAGUUUGUGUGGCAAGUUGUAAAAGGACUUUUCACAAUAAAAGACUUUUUGAUUCGACGUCAGCAAAUGCAAGACCGCAUACAUAAAAACGUUCUUUUAAACCUGGCUUCAGGUACAUUCAAAGAUAAUGGGUUUGUUUUACCUGACGUUUGUUCCUCACAAACGAAGAAAGCCUUGAGUUACGGUCUCAGUGGUGAUGGGAGAGUCACGUGGUACAUAUGAUCGAAGUGCAGGUGUAAUAACAUUGAGUGAAAAAUACAUGGCUCAGAGGAGCUGAGAGAACCACAGACGCAAAAGAAAGAGAAAAUGGAUUAACUUUAACAGAGAAUAGCGUAAUGAAUUGAAAGUCAGUGUGUAGACGCAAUGGUUGUUCUGACCCAUACUGUUAGGAAACAUUCAUCUCUGAGACUAAUCUCGGUACUCGUUUCGUACGAAGCGACUCAAUAACUUCUGAUACUGUAUGUGGCGCAAUCGUACUAAAAAUAUAUGCAAUUUACCGUAACAUAAAUUCAAGCAAUUUGACUUGAGGUAAAACAAAAAAAUGAAAGAGAAAAAGUCUUUCCUCCCUAAAGUCUUCGUUUUGUUUGUUCGUGUAGUACAGAGUAUUUUCCAAUUGUAGAUUUUAUAAAUUGGUAUUGUGACUUGUGUCGAGUAAAGACAGAUAGUGUGCAUAACGUUGACUACAGUUUCGUAGUUUCAGAAAUAUUAUGACGAUUAUGAUUUAUCUUACGUCGAACAAUAUUGUAGAAAAAUUAUUACAGGGGAGAAAGUGACGUCGUUUUAGAGCCAUGAGAAGUUUUCUGAAUCAAUUUGAGGAAAGUUGCUUUCAAGCUUUUCUCUCUUUUCGGGGAAGGAAUUUAUAACUAUCAAUCAUCAAAAAUGUAUGUUGUGAAUUGCAUUGUAGGAAAACAAUACUAGCUUUAUAUUUAAACGACUUCGAUGAAAAACAAUUGAAUGAAGACGUGCAGGAAGGACCAGAUUCUGCCUUAAUUGAUAAGAAUCUUUUUCUGUAGAGAGAAUGGAGUUUAUGCUCAUCCAUUAUAGACCUCACGCAGUGUGUCUCAAGAAGAAUUGCUUCGUGACAGACGUUAAUCUAAUUUAUGUUUAGGAUUACAGACAGGACAAAUCAAUAGAAGAUUGUAAUAAGUAGCAGAAUGAAUAAUACCGUUUAAAUAGGUUGUAGAUAGAUAGUGCACAUUCGUUUGAAAAGAACCCUAUUGAACAAGUUUCAUUGAAACGCAAAUAUUAUUGUUAGAUAUUUAUCCAUGAAAUACAAAUUUAUUUUAUGAUAUUGUA